AAAGCCCUAAAAUAAAUUAACUAAACGCUCCCAACCUUUAUCCACUUUCCUCCCUAAAGUGUGAAGAGUGAACAAGCUCUUUAUCCACCAACUAGUUUUGAUGUUCGUGUUUGAAUUCUUCAAUUUUUGCUUUGAGGAGCUGGAAAAUGUGGGCUUACUAUGUUAAUCAUGUCCUCCUCCGCCGUCUUGUGCAAAAGCUUGAUCUUUGUUAACUCCAAGCUCAGUCUGCUCAGCCGCAACUCCAUUUUCCACAGAAAUUUGUCGACGCCACUGCCUCUUGUGGUUGAUACAAGGCGGCGGAGGUCUGCCGCUGCAGAGCACAUUCCAAAUGCUUCUGGAAAAAGGAAAAGGAAAAGGACUUGGUGGCAAACAUUCUUUUUCGACGACGACGGGAAUUGGCUUGGUUUGAAGGAGGACGACAUGCUGGCGGCGGAGGAGGAGCAAGAAGAGGAGUUAGAUGGCUCCUCCCCAGCUGCCGCCAACAGCAGAGGCGAAGAAUCUGAGAAAUUUGAGGCGUGGAAGACAAGGGCAGAAGCAAUCGUGGAGUUGAGGGAAGCACAGCAGGACAUGACCAACGAGGAGAACCGCAUGUGGGAGGAUUGGAUUUCGGAUUCUAAUUCUAACUCUAAUUCUUCUACUUCCUCCUGGGAAGCAUCUGUGCAGUCGGAUCCUACUCAAGAAAGGGGAUUGAUUUACUCUCUCAGCGAUUUUGUCCUCGGAAAGGAAGAAGAUGAUGAGGAGGACAUGCUCUAUGAAGACCGCGUUUUUCGCUAUGCCUCACUCAAUUCGGCCAAAUUUUUGGCAGUAUUAGUUAUCAUACCCUGGGCCUUGGAUUUUGUGGUUCACGACUAUGUUCUGAUGCCUUUCUUAGACAGAUAUGUGAAGACUGUACCACUUGCAGCACAGUUGCUUGAUGUCAGACGAAAUCAAAAGCUUCAAAUGGUUGAGGAAUUAAAAAUGGAGGGAGCAAGAUUUCAUCUUGAGAUGGAAAUUGGAAAAUCUCCACCGCUUUCUGAUGAUGAGGUUUGGUGGGAGUUGCGGCAUAAAGCGUUAGAGCUGAGAGAUGAAUGGAGACUAGAGAAUCGUAAUGCAUUUGCCAACAUAUGGUCAGAUAUGAUAUUCGGGAUCUCAUUAUUCAUUCUUUUAUACAGCAAUCAGAGUAAAGUAGCAUUGCUGAAGUUUACAGGUUAUAAGAUAAUAAAUAAUAUUUCAGAUACCGGGAAGGCAUUUCUAAUCAUACUUAUCACAGAUAUUUUUUUAGGGUAUCAUUCUGAGUCCGGUUGGCAAACAUUGUUAGAAAUUUUUGUUGAGCAUUAUGGGCUUGAGGUUGAUCAGUCUGCCAUAACCAUUUUCAUCUGCCUGAUUCCAGUUAUCAUGGAUGCAUGCGUCAAACUUUGGCUGUUUAAAUUCCUUCCAAGAUUAUCCCCGAAGGUGACAAACAUAUUCCGAGAAAUGAAGCGUCACUAGUAAAAUUGUUUGUGUGGGUUCUCUGGCGUUUAAAAGAAUUUUGAGAAAGGUAGGUAGCCAUGUACCACGAAGAUUACAUUUCUUUUUGUUUCCUUGAUUUCCCGUAUAGAGGGAGGUUUACGUCAUUGUAUGAGUGUAUAGCUUAUUGUAGUUGUUUGGAUAUCAUUCACUCUGAAAAAUGAUCCUCUUCGGAUGUUCUUUGUGGGGAUCCGGAGGAUCAAUCAAUCAUGUACAUUCAUUGUACAUCGUACGGUGAGAAAUUAUUUAAAAUUUAAAAUUUAAAAUUGAAUAUAAAUAGUAUCUAAUGAAAACUGAUCGCACGAUGUACGAUAAACGGACAUGAGUGAUUGAUCCCCUAGAUCCCCACAAAGAGGAUUUGAAGAGGAUCCUUUUUCAUUCUUUCUUACCCAUAAAUGACAAAUGUGGUAUAAAAACAGUAAAAGAUGUUUAUA